AUGUUCAUGGCCCAUUCAUCCUCUCUCGCAAAACUCCUCACCAAGAUCUUCAGCCUCCUUUGCCACAUCAAAUGCUUCCGAAUGGCUGAGACGAUCUUCUUCAGUUUCAGCUUCUUAUUUCCAUCUAGGCGUGGUGAAGACCCUGGUGUCAAGGUUCACUUCAAACUGCUUGCCUGUGGAGGAGUCAUUUGGAGUGGGAUUGUUGGAAGGGGAGUGGGUGUGACCACAGGUGUGGAGUUGGAAGGUCCUGAGGACUCUAUCUCAUCAUCAGACAGCUCUGAUGUUGUUGUGUGGAAGAAUGCGAGCGUGAUCCAUGCCAAGAUUCUGCAUGAAUGGGUGUCUCAUUGGCAUGUUAUUGGUAAGAGCUUCUUCAAUGCCUUCAUUGAUGGUGCCCCCCAUUGA